GCGCCCCACGACCGGCCACCGCCAGCGGCGGAGCCAUGCUAGCUGUCAACAGCGCUGCGCUCCGGUGAGAGAAGCCCGAGGAAAGUGCUCCACUCUCAGCUCCACCAUGGUGUCCGUCGAGCACGCAGCGCGCCGAGUCCUCGCCUACGUCCCCUACCUCCUUGUGUUGAUCGAUAUGCGCUAUGAAGGGGUCCAGUGUGGACGGGAGGCCAGCGUGGACCAUCACAUGGAGAUGGGGAAGAAGCUGCUGGCGGCUGGACAGCUGGCCGACGCGCUCUCCCACUUCCACGCUGUUGUGGAUGGCGACCCCAAGAACUACCUGGCCUACUACCGGAGAGCGACGGUGUUUCUGGCCAUGGGGAAGUCCAAGUCGGCUCUGCCGGACCUGAGCAAAGUCAUCGAACUCAAGCCAGACUUUACCUCCGCUCGACUGCAGCGAGGAAACCUGCUGCUGAAGCAGGGCCGGCUGGACGAAGCUGAGAGCGACUUCAAGACAGUGCUCAAGUCCAACCCCAGCAACAAGGAGCAGAAAGAAGCCCAGGCGCAGCUGACGAAGGCGGAUGAAAUCCAGAGGGAGGUGGCCAGCGCCAGCGCCAGCUUCCAGCAGCACGACUACCUGACAGCUGCGGCACAUCUGGACGCCAUCAUCGAGACGUGCGUUUGGGACGUGGCCUCGCGUGAGAUGCGAGCCGAGUGCUUCAUUCAGAUGGGAGAGACGGGGAAGGCCAUCAGCGACCUGAAGGCCACCUCCAAGCUGAAGAGUGACAACACGCCGGCUUUCUACAAGCUCAGCACCAUCUAUUACAGCCUCGGAGACCACGAGAUGUCCCUCAACGAGGUGCGCGAGUGUCUGAAGCUGGACCCCGACCACAAGCAGUGCUACAGCCACUACAAGCAGGUGAAGAAGCUCAACAAGCAGAUCCAGUCGGCAGAGACCCUCAUCCAGGAGCAGAGGUUCGGGGAGGCGGUGAGCAAGUACGAGGCGGUGAUGAAGACGGAGCCCAACGUCCUUCAGUUCUCGCUGCUCGCCAAGGAGCGCAUCUGCCACGCCCUCGCUCAGAACCAGGAGGCCAGCCGGGCCAUCGACGUGUGCAGCCAGGUCCUCCAGCACCAGCCGGAGAACGUCAACGCGCUGAAAGACCGAGCCGAGGCCUACGUGCAGGACGAGCAGUACGACGAAGCCAUCCGGGACUACGAGGCCGCGGGCAAACACAGCGAGAACGACCGUCAGAUUAAAGAAGGACUGGAGCGAGCGCAGCGGCUGCUCAAGCAGUCCAAGAAGAGAGACUACUACAAGAUCCUGGGCGUCAAGAGGACGGCCCAGAAGAAAGAGAUCAUCAAAGCGUACAGGAAACUGGCUCAACAGUGGCAUCCGGACAACUUCCAGGACGCCGAGGAGAAGAAGCAGGCCGAGAAGAAGUUCAUCGACAUCGCUCAGGCCAAGGAGGUUCUGACCGACCCAGACAUGAGAAGCAAGUUCGAUCAGGGAGAAGACCCGAUGGACCCGGAGAGCCAGCAGGGUCACCACCAUCACCACCACUUCCACGAAAGCCAUCACUUCCAGGGCUUCAACCCGUUCGGGUCGGGACCGUUCAACUUCAAGUUCAACUUCAACUGAACCUUUCCUGAGCCAGCGGGACACAAACUGGGGCCUGGUUUCUCUGGAGACGCCUCUGUUGCCGGGACGACAGGCGGCGGACGCUCCUUCAUCGAGACGCACGGCGUCUUAUUUUUAUAUGAAUGGAACGUGGCCCUCAUGUAAAUAAAGAGCUAUUUAUGUACCGGCUGGACUCGCUUCAGGACGAACGACACCAGAGUUUGGUACAAAACACUUUAUUGGCUCGUGGCGUACGAGCGUGAGCGUGAGACAGAGACGACCAGCAGCGACGCCUUGCUCAGACCUGAGACAGCAACACUGCAUCGUAGCGUAAACAGGUGGGAAUAAAUUAAGACACGUGACCCCAGGAGCAGGACGGCUCGGCCAAGCCCCGCCCCUUCCUGGAAGUUUCAGGCGCCAGACGGAGCCAACCACGAUCGGACGGCCGCAGGGUAUCACUUCCCACUGGUCGCAGCUCUUCUUCUGACUAGCGGCCUCGAUGAGCCGCGACUGACGCACGCCUCUGCGUUUGAGCCGCGACCUGGCAACAAAAACGGCAUGUACACGCUUCACCCGCUGACCGGCCAUGUUGGCAACAUCACUCCAGGCUUCAUGAUGAGGCGACUAACAUCCAGCUGAAGCUUCAGAUCGCUUCCAGUUGCUGAGUCAGCAAAGAUAAGAACACAUGCAGAGACAUAUACGUUUCUUUCACCACAUAACGUCAACACAUUGGGACUUAAAAAAUAUGUU